UCAUUCCGGGACCCAGUAGAAACCCAAAGGAGAAGAGAGCCUCGCGAUCGCAGCCUCGACCAGCGCAAACUCCAUCUUCCUUCCCCCAAUCCACACCACACAUUACAUGGGCUGUUUCUCUCCCUCGAAUCGCCCACCAUGAGCUUCGUGCCCAUUAACCCGCGGCCUAUGCUGCAAGACCUCGUCAACCAGGACAUCGUCGUUAGACUCAAGUGGGGCGAGACCGAGUACAAGGGCAAGCUGGUCAGCAUUGACAGCUACAUGAACAUCCAACUCAGCGGCGCCGAGGAGUACAUCGACCAGAAGCUGACGGGAGCUCUCGGCCAAGUCCUGAUCCGGUGCAACAACGUCCUCUGGAUCCGCGGCGCGAAACAGGGCGAGAACGACGUCAAGAUGGAGGGUUGAGCCGCGACGGCCGAACAAACGAGCGGAAGCAUCAACGCAGCCUGGAUCUCUCUCGCAGACAGACACACGUGCACAACCACCCACCCAUACACACAUACAUACCCACCACUUGUACUAUGGUGAUCAGGAAAACGGGAAGAGGGCCGAGAGAAGGAUACGAUUUUCACGAUGACAUCUUGGGAGGAGGGGAGCAUGGACAACAAACCAACAAGUAUACACAAAGCAAAAGGACCGCAUAGAAAAAGAGCCCGGCGACGAUGGAUUCGCAGUUCCAGUUCCAGGUUGAAAUACCCAUCCAUCCAAACGCAUCCCCAGUUUGCGCUGCGGCCGGCAUCAAGGAAAAUCAUACGUGUCUCCCCUCUGCGGCAAACCAUAGAGAGAGAAAAAAAUAAGGCGCAACAUGUCGGGCGCUCUUCAGUGUCACCCAUCACUAUUUUUCUCCUUCCUUU